GUGUGAGGCUUGAGAGCGGCCUGCAGAACACCUCUAGGUAUGGGUGAUGUCAGCUCUCGAGAGGCGGAGGAACUGUUGAUCUAGCCUUUCAAGCGGCCUCGCGGCGCUGCCAGGGAAUCCUGUGCGGUUCCUUGAGGCCAUGGGAGAGUCAAGGCCACCGGAGUCGCCGCUGGGCGUGGCUCCUAGGCUCCGCGAGCUGGUUCGGUUCUUGGCCUGGAGUGCUGUUGGUAUCCGCCCAGUGGUGCCCAGUUGCCUCCAGGUCUCAGACCCCUACCGGGACCAGAACAGCUUAUUGAGGAAAUGGUAAUUUUCCAGUUGCUCCCAGAGCUGUCCAUUGUCCAGUUGCAGCCCAUGGAGAUACAGUUCAAUUAUGAAUCUCAACACCACCACCUUCUGUCAGAUGGUGAGACUAAGACCAAGAUUGGAGAACUGGCUUCAGAGGAAGAAAUUAGAGCAAAAACUGAACUAUUGACUGAAGAGUCUCACAACCCAAGAGACAGUGUUUUCCAGGAUUCUGAAUAUAGAGAAUUCUGUGAAUAUGGGGAUAAAUUAAAUGAAAAGGAUCAGAACCUCUUUAAAAGAAGACAACAUGACUGUGAUGAAUGUGGACAAAGCUUUGCUUGGAGUACAAGCCUUAUUAGGCAUCAAAGAACCCAUUGGGAGAAACCCUAUGAAUGUGAUAAGUGUGGAAAGGCCUUUAGUGUGAGCUCAGCUCUGAUUCUGCAUCAGAGAAUUCAUACUGGCGAGAAACCCUAUCCUUGUAAUUGGUGUAUUAAAAGUUUCAGUCGGAGCUCAGAUCUUAUUAAACAUCAAAGAGUCCACACUGGUGAAAAACCUUAUAAAUGUGAUGAAUGUGGGAAAGCCUUCAGUCAGAGCUCAGAUCUUAUUAUACAUCAGAGAAUCCACACAGGAGAAAAACCCUAUCAGUGCAAUCAUUGUAGUAAAAGUUUUAGCCAGCGCUCAGACCUGGUUAAACAUCAGAGAAUCCAUACUGGAGAGAAGCCUUAUACAUGUAACCAGUGUAACAAACAUUUUAGUCAGAGUUCUGAUGUUAUCAAACAUCAAAGAAUCCACACUGGGGAAAAACCAUAUAAAUGUGAUGUGUGUGGAAAAGCCUUCAGUCAGAGCUCAGAUCUUAUUUUGCAUCAGAGAAUCCACACUGGGGAGAAACCAUAUCCAUGCGAUCAAUGUAGCAAAAGUUUCAGUCAGAACUCAGACCUUAUUAAACAUCGAAGGAUCCACACUGGAGAGAAACCCUAUAAAUGUAAUGAAUGUGGGAAGGCUUUUAAUCAGAGCUCAGUCCUUAUUCUGCACCAGAGAAUUCACACUGGAGAGAAACCCUAUCCAUGUACUCAGUGUAGCAAAGCCUUCAGUAGACUUUCAGAUCUUAUUAAUCAUCAACGAAUUCACACUGGAGAGAAGCCUUACCCAUGUAACCAGUGCAGUAAAAUGUUUAGUCGAAGAUCAGAUCUUGUUAAACAUCAUAGGAUUCACACAGGUGAGAAACCCUAUGAAUGUGAUGAAUGUGGGAAAACCUUUAGCCAGAGCUCCAACCUUAUUCUACAUCAGAGAAUCCACACUGGAGAGAAACCCUAUCCAUGUAGCGAUUGUUCUAAAAGCUUUAGUCGUCGUUCAGACCUCGUUAAACAUCAAAGAAUACACACUGGAGAGAAACCAUAUGCAUGUAAUCAGUGCAAUAAAAGUUUUAGUCAAAGCUCAGACCUCACUAAACAUCAGAGAGUACACUCUGGGGAAAAGCCCUAUCACUGCGAUAGUUGUGAGAAAGCCUUCAGUCAGAGUUCCGACCUUAUUCUUCAUCAGAGAAUCCACACUGGAGAAAAACCAUACCCAUGCACACAGUGCAGCAAAAGUUUCAGUCAGAACUCAGACCUCAUCAAACACCAGAGAAUCCACACUGGGGAAAAACCAUACAAAUGUAAUGAGUGUGGGAAGGCUUUCAGUCAGUGCUCAGCUCUCAUCCUACAUCAAAGGAUCCACACUGGGGAGAAACCAUAUCCAUGUGAUCAGUGUGGCAAAAGCUUUAGUCGGCGCUCUGACCUCAUUAACCAUCAAAGAAUCCACACUGGUGAAAAGCCAUCCAAAUGUGACACGUGUUGGAAAGCCUUCAGCACAUGCACCGAGCUUAUUGAACAUCAGAGAAUCCACACUGGGGAGAAACCCCACAGGUGUAUUCAGUGCAGCAGAAGUUUCACCCAGCUCUCUGAACUUAUUGAUCAUGAGAAAGUCCAUUCUGGCCAAGACAAUCUAAAUGUGACAAAUGUGGGAAAACCUUUAGUGUAUACACCGACUUUAUUCAGUACCAGAGACACUAUACCAGAAAAAAAGCUUAUGAAUGCUAUUGAUGAUUAUGAAAAGGGUUUUAAUCAAUGCUCAACUCUUGUUCUACAUUAAAAAACUACAGUGGAGAGAAAACAUUGAUUCGAUUUUUAUAAUGAAGGUCUAACUCAGAGCUCAGACAUUACUAAAGAAAAUUUCUGAGGAGGAAUCCUGUGUGUCGUGGGGAAAUGUUCAAUGUGAAUAAAAAUUUUAUUGAAUGUCGGCAACAAUGGAAAGAAAUCCGUGUCUGUUAUAAGAAAAGCUAUAGUCUUAUCCAAUACAAUCCACAAAAGGAGAGUUUUAACAGUAUUAAGAACCUUAUCAGAUACUGUAAAAAUCAGUGUUGUGGGAUGUGCAAUCAGAACUUAGAAAUAAAUUUGUUUAUUAUAAACUCACACCUUUAGUGAGCCCAAAUUAUUACAUAUCGAAGAAGUUGUUUUAGAUAAUGUAGGGAAAGUUUAAUUCCUUCCAUAAUUUAAUUAGCAUUCACUCUGAUAUCACACUUAUCUGCUGACAGCUGGAGAGUUCUACCUUAUGCUAACACUGGUUAUCAUUGAAUCCCCUGUGUGUGAACACCCUAUGCUAUUCUGGUAUUAAAUUUAUUAACUACAUAAUUCCAGUGUAGUUAUAAAAAAUAUAAUUCUCAAAAAAUAAUUUUUGGUCUAGUUUUGGUUUUCCUAGUGAAAAGGAGUUUUUAAAGUUCCUGUGAUCACAGCAAAUAUGGAUUUAUUUUUCUCUCAAUAAUGAAGCCUAUAAACUUUAGUGGUUUGAAAUCAUUUCUUCAAUAUUACCAUUUAAUCACAGCUUCUGAAUAAGCAAAAAAAAUUCCAUGUCAUU